CAAGUAAUCGGGAUAAUCAUCAACCCCUACGCCACACAAAAUCGUCGUUGGAAAUUUUGAUAAAGGUUGCGGCUCUGUAAAAAAUAAAUUCUUGUAGUUUUCUAUCAGUGUUCGAGCGCAUAGCAGUUUUGAAAUUUUAACGACCGACGAUGGGUAGCCGAGCAGCAGUAGUAGAUUUGUUCAAUCUUAGUUUUAGCUCUUACAAUUAGAUAUUCCAAAUCGUAUCCUUGUCAAAGAUUAAUUACCACAUUAAUCGAGAACACGAGAUGUACGCUUUUGAUCGAAUACUCGCUAACUGUGGAUGUGCUCGGGUAAAUGCUCUUUGCCAAUACAGGAACCUUUUUUACAGGUCCAAUAAUAAUCUCCAAAUUGAUGUGACCUUGUCCAAGAACCAAUUUACAGUUACAACAGUGGGAGUGACGGUAGACUCAUUCUCCUGCUGAUUCUGCUAGCACCGCCUCUCUUCACUUCCUACGCGGAAUUCUGCCACCGUAAUCUAGACUUCCGUUUAGCUUAAUUCUCCCCCAUCCUACGAGUACUGCUCAGCUGGUCACGGCGGCACUACAUUUCUUAUCUCCAUCUUACUAAAACCAAGGCCAACGACGUGAGCCGAUGUUAGUGCGAUCAUCGCGAUCAACGGUGGUAUCCGCGCUUCAGCAUCUUUAUAUCUUAUCAAACCUAUCCAGAUGCGGGUCGGACAAGAGAUCCCAAACCCAGUAGUAUUCAUAUCUGUUUGAAGUACACUGUUACGAAGAUGAGUCUGAGAACUCCGACCAAUGAAGCGCUUCGGGCGGACGAAGGAUGCAAUCUCUUUGAAAUGGAAUCACGUGUGGUGAAGAAAAUCGGUGAGCGCAAUGUGCGAGUUUCCAACUUGCCGCAACGUUCGAUCCGUUUUGUAAAGGAUCUCGUGACUACCUUGGUAGAAGAACGAUGGCGUUACCUGUUGCUAGUGUUUGUUGGUAGUUACGUUGGCAGUUGGGCUCUGUUUGCUGGGCUUUGGUACAUUUUGUCGUACGCACACGGCGAUUUAAUACUUGACCAGACGACUGGGGCACGACUGGGUGAUGGUGGGCAGCCCUGUGUGGAUGGUGCUACCACAUUUGUUGGAUUUCUGCUGUUCAGCAUGGAAACGCAAAUCUCUACCGGCUAUGGAGCGAAGGUACCCACCGAAGAGUGCCCGGAAUCGUUUGGUCUGCUUACCAUUCAGCUGAUUGUGGGUCUACUCAUUGACGGUGCUAUACUAGGCGUUGUGUAUGCAAAAAUGGUACGCCCACCGCAGAAGAUCUCCGAAAUGAAAUUCAGCAAACGGGCCGUCAUAUGCAUGCGCGAUGGACGAUUAUGCUUCGUAUUUCGCAUCUGUGACCGCAAGUGGCAACACGCUAUCGAAACGAAAGUAACGGCUGUUUUGCUUCAACCGUAUCGUACGAAAGAGGGCGAAACGAUCGAGAAGCAGGAAACGUAUCUGCAGCUGGAGAACGAAGGCAGACUUGUGUUGCUAUGGCCCGUGACUGUGUGCCACGUGAUCGAUCGCAACAGUCCGCUUUACGAUGUAUCGGCCAAGGAUCUAAUGUCACAAAAACUUGAAAUUGUAAUCACCAUUACCGGGGGCACGAUGACAACGGGACAGAUUAAUCAGGCCCGCACAUCGUACGUACCGUCUGAGAUUUGUUGGGGCCACCGGUUCCGGGACAUCGUCGAAUACGAUUCCCGCAAAGACUGCUAUGUAGCGGUGAACGAGCGAAUGCACGAACUGGAAGAAAUUGAAACACCUCUUUGCAGUGCUCGUCAUCUAGAUUUGCUAAGGGCAAAGGUUCGCCACUCCGAAAUGACUACUUCAGUUGAUUAGGGAAUGUGCUAGGUAAUACUGUUAAAUAAAAUCAAAUCUCUUGCAUUGCAAAGGUUUAUUUUAUUUCUUCAAAUGAUUCAUCAGGAUUUCGUACUAUCCUAUUAGAGCUUUUC